AUGGCAGACGUGUAUUCUCUCGCCGAACGAGCACGCGGCAAACUGAUACAGGCGGCCUCCCGCCAGGAUCCUCAAUUACGCCGCGUCUUGGGUCACGCUAAACUCCUCGACUAUCUCAUCAUCGAGCUCUCCUGUGCGGAAUCGACGGGGGAUGAAGGCGACGCGCGAGACGAAGUUCUCGUGGGAUCUGAGGAAGACGGAUGCGAUCUGGAGGAUUCGGAUGAUUCCGACUCAGACUCAGACGCAGACGCAGACUCGCACUCGCACUUGGACUGGGGUUCCGACCCAGACAGCGAUUCAGAAACCGAUUCAGACACCGGCUCAGAUUCGGGCUCAGAUUCGGGCUCAGAUUCGGACUCAGAUUCGGACUCAGACCCGGGUGCGGAAUGGCGCUCUUACGCUUACGCUCACUCUUACGCUUACAGCGCCCAGGUGGGAAGUGCGGCACGUGACUGGCCUCCGAUUGAAUGCUGGGAAGCCGCAAAGCCAAUGAUUGUUGGCGAGCGACCCAUGAAAGUCAGUGUUCAGGAAGUCAGGGGGCGAGGCGAGAGGGAGACCUGA